UCAUUGUAUUUCGUCAAUAGUUGUUUACAUCUCUAUGGCCGCCUCCCAUAUUUGUGCCACCCCAGAAUCCAUUGCCUAAAGAGCCUUCGCCAUGGCAGACCACCUUCAAGUUCAACAACAACACCAACACCAACUAGAGCUCCCUUCGGGGUUUAGGUUCCACCCUACCGAUGAGGAGAUCAUCACCUCGUACCUGGUCCCCAAGGUGCUCAACCCAACCUUCACCGCGAUAGCGAUCGCGGAGGUGGAUCUGAAUAAGAACGACCCGUAUGAGCUCCCCAAGAAGGCAAAGAUGGGGGAGAAGGAGUGGUACUUCUACUGUCAGAAGGACCGCAAGUAUCCCACGGGGAUACAGACCAACCGGGCCACGAAAGCCGGCUACUGGAAGGCCACUGGCAAGGACAAGGAGAUCUUCCACCCACUGCCCACUCUCAUCGGCAUGAAGAAGACGCUCGUGUUCUAUAAGGGCAGGGCGCCUAGGGGGGAGAAGACCAACUGGGUCAUGCACGAGUACAGGCUUGAGAUCAGCAAGCAGCCUGCAUAUGGCCCAUCUACCGCCAUCGCCAAAGCUGCCGCCAUUAAUGCAUCUUCCAAGAAGGAGCGUGUGGUUUGCAAAAUCUUCCAUAAGAACAUUGGAGUCAAGAAGGUGGUGACCCCGUCGUACGCCAUGCACAUGCCCAUGUUCAUAGGAGGAGAGCAGCAACAGGGCUCCCUCAACUCAUGUACGUUCCCGCCUCCCAUGGACUACGGCGCAUCGUUGUCGCUGGCGCCUCCGUUGUUUCUAUCUGAAGAUUCUUCGUACCAAUUGCAUGCCGCCAGAGUCGGCUUGGCGAUGACGGGCAGCUUGGUGCUCCCCAUGGUGAACAACCCCCACCACGAGAUGAUGGGCGGCAACCCAAUGGUGUCCUACCAACAACAACAGAUGAUGCAGAUGCAGAUGCAAAUGGGUGCAGACCAGUGCUUCAUGGUUGGGGUUGAGCCUGGGAGCGAGUCGUCGUCCAUGGUGUCCAGAGAGGGCGUUGACCGGCUGGGCAACAACGUCCAAGGCAAUGGCGCCACAACAACCAUUGACAGUUAAUAUGGGUAUGGAUGAAAUGUGGAAGUACUCAUGGUCAGAUGAUCCAAGACAAGAUAUAUAUGUAUGUCUGUAUGCAUGAAUCAACCAUCCAUCAACAGAUUGAUUGAUAUA